CAGUCAAAUGGUUGACCAAAAAAGUCAAGAAUAUGGGCCAAAUGGGUAUCUAGGCCCAAUCAAAUAUGAAUAAGCCUCUGAUACAACCCGAGGGAUCGUGACAGCCACAAAAAGGGGGCAAAAAAAUAUCCAGUGGCAAUAAUCGCCUAUGCUCUCUCCUGCGUUCAUUCACCAAAAAUAUACUCCGACGAUUUUACCUGGAAUUUUGGAAUUUCUCCCGGGAAAAUUUUGCCAGUAUAGCCGUCUCUAUCUCGAUCGAUCGAAUUUAAGGAUCCUGGAAUCUGAAUUGUGGUAAUGAUGGCGUCUCUUGCGUCCAAUCUCAUCUGCUGCAGAAAGGUGGAGAGAUGGCAGAUAGUAUGCAGGAAAAAGGAGAGAGGAAGAGAUCAUCAUCAUCAGAGCAAUCACCCUUACAAAGUCAUCGAAAUCACUCCUCCUCCCAAAUGCCUCGGCGUCCGCUGCCUUCCUCAUAACCUUCAGUGCGGGGAAAACGUGAUGAUAGAAGGGCAGACGUACACGAUCUCGGCAGUGACGCACCGUUACAAACUGCGUAAAGGCAAAUACGAGCCGAGCGAGAAGCGUCUCGACGUCCUCUCCGCCGGCAGAUACGUUUUGAAUCUCUAUCUUGACAACUUGCUCCAGAAAUCUUGACCCUCCUUUUAUUUUUUUAUCCCUUGUUGCUUGUUAAUAAUAGUACUGGUAGUGUUGUAAUUGCUACCCCAACUAGUAUUCAUGGCUAGGGUCGCAUUUUGUUUAUUAACCGAAUAGUCGAAA